GGAACCUGGCACACAGGAAAGGGCAGGAAUGGCAGGCCCCGCGGCAGAGGUAACUGGAGCCAGCAGAGUUGGCUCCCUGGGCCGGUCACAAAAUUUGCAUGGAGAGAAUAAGGCUCCUCCAUGGCUUCCCCUCCCUUCCCACCCGGAGUCAUCCUGGGGCUGAGGCCUGACAGCAGGUGGAGGCAGCUUUUGUGUGUGUGUGUGUGUGUGUGCGCGCGCGUGUGUAUGAGUGGAGCCAUCUCACCAUGCCCCGUGCCUUCCUCGUCAGGAGUCGGCGUCCACAGCCACCUAACUGGGGCCACCUGCCUGACCAGCUUCGGGGAGACACCUAUGUCCCAGGUGGGCCCCUCACUGGGCCCGGAGGUGCGGGGUAGGGGAGACACAAAGUAUUACUCUGGCUUCUCUCCUCAGACUGCAACAGCCUUGGGGGGCCACCAGCACAUCAAUCUUCCAGCCUUGGGGAUCCUUGGAUAGCGCAUGCCACUCUCGCUGCCACUCCCAAGGGCCCUGGGACACUUGGCUGCCCACUCUGCCACAAGACCUUUCCACUGCAGCGCAUGCUGACUCGACACCUCAAGUGCCACAGUCCUGCACGCCGCCACGUGUGCCGCUGUUGUGGCAAGGGCUUUCACGAUGCCUUCGACCUCAAGCGCCACAUGAGGACUCACACUGGGAUCCGGCCAUUCCGCUGCAGGGCUUGUGGGAAAGCAUUUACACAACGCUGCUCACUUGAAGCGCAUCUUGCCAAGGUGCACGGGCAGCCAGCCAGCUAUGCUUAUCGUGAGCGCCGUGAGAAGCUGCAUGUAUGUGAGGACUGUGGCUUCACCAGCUCGCGGCCUGACACCUAUGCACAGCACUGCGCCCUGCACCGCUCUGCUUGA